GGCAUUAUAUUUAUUUAUAUAAUAAAAUUACUUAACACCAAUUGUCAAAAUGAAUGCUGAUGAUAGUGAUCAACAAUUCUGUUUGAAAUGGAAAACCUUUCCUUCUAGUUUGUCUUCACAAUUUAAGACUUUAAUAGAUAAUGAAGACUUUGUUGAUGUCACUAUUGCUUGUGCAGGAAGUCUUGUGGGGGCGCACAAACUUGUGCUAUCUGCUUGUAGUCCUUACUUUAGGACCAUAUUUAAGAACAACCCUUGCCAACACCCAGUAUUAUUAUUACUCGAUGUAGAAGCAAAGCAUAUAAAGGCAUUACUUCAAUUUGUGUAUUGUGGAGAGGUUGACAUUUCUCGAAGUGAUUUGCCACAGUUUUUACAAAUUGCUGAACAUUUGCAAAUUAGAGGACUUGCUGAUAAAAAUCAAGAAACAAUAAAUGAGCCAAUUGAAACACUAAUUCAAGAAAGAGUCUUUCUCCAAUCACAAUCUUCUGCGACACCUAAAGAAUAUUUGGAAGAGCAUGAAACUACAAAUUCUACUAAAGUUGGCAGUGAAGUUUCAAAUGAACUUUCACCGGUUCCAAGUGCCAGUGGUGAUAAAAAUCGAAUAAAACCUGGUGUACCUAAGGAUGAAGUUAUUGAACCUUGUUCUGAUGAAAUGGAUGAACUCAUAAUACCUAAAAUUGAGAUGGAGGCUGAUGAUGUGGGUAUGUCGAUGGAGGAAAUGGAAGACAAUAAUUUGGUUAAUUUUCCGGAUCACUUGACACCAGAUCUGAGAGAGUUCUCAAACUCUAUCUUGCAGCGAACCAUAACUGGAUCUAAUAACACCUGCCGAAUGUGUGGCCAAGUGUACUCGAACCGUUCCAAUCUCAAACAACACAUUAGUCUUAUCCACAGUCCUGAAUCAGUGGCCUGUCCCAUAUGCCAAAAACCAUUUAAAACAAAACUCUACCUCCGUAGACACCUCAAAUCCUUUCACCAUGCCAAACUGGUGCAGAAGAACAAUUUUGAUAUGUUGCCACAGAAUGGUGGAUUGGUACCGAGUAAUAUUAGGACUGAGGUAGGUAAUGGGUUUGUACACCAGGAUAAUAGGCAAAAGUUAGAUCGGAAUGUGGCAAGUGAUCAAAGUCUGAAUUGUAGACAAGCGCAGUAUGGUAGUUCAUUACAAACCGGUAUGGUACUUAAUUAUAAUGGAUCGAAUGAUUAUUUAAUGAUGAGUAAUAAUAAUACACUGGUUUGUACUAAUUUAAUUGGAGUGCAAAAGGUGGUGCAAAAUUGAAGUUUUGAUUAAUUUUUUGGUUA